GCUGUUUAUUAUCCUAGUGGCCACCAAAUGCCAUUACCACUGAUCAGCACAUGUAGUAACUUGCUUCACUCUGCUUUGAGGUCACUUUUAAAAUUGUAUGCAGUUUGAGAGCGUCAAGAUUGUAGCAUUGUCCUUCAAACAACAUCAGUUGAACAAUUUAAGAGUUGAAAAACACUGGCAGCUCAUAUGAGCUCGAAGGGAGGCCGAAUCAAACGCACCAAAAAUGUGCGUAAUUUGGAUUCGCAUGAUGCGCCUUCACUAGCGCAAUCAAUAAUCGAUGAGCAGCCAAAUAUUAUACCUGCCGGGCGACAGUUAGAGAGGACACCUCCAUCUAAAAGUGAAAGAGUAACAACAAGCCCCCCCAGCAAACCAGAUGGUUCUCCAACGUCAGAACAAGUGGUCAAAGAUGAGCCAUGCGGCCAGGAAAUAACUAAACCCCUUUCUUGCAAUGGAUCAAAUGAAGUUCUCCAGCACCCUAAAGUUAAAGAUGAGAGGAAGUCGGUCAAGAGGUCUAGUUCUACCGCUGCAUCAGCAACCCCUGGGAAUCCUGAUCCUGAUCCUGAAAUCUUCAUCCAGGGAAUGCAGGGAUACAAAUGGACAGACACAGACCUGGAGUUUGUCUAUCAAACCAAAUGGAAAAAGCGAGUUCAACAGGCACAGCAAGAGUUAAGCGACUUGCAGAAGUCUCUGAAGAGCAUGAAACAAAUGCGGGACAUGGGCUUUGCUGCGCUUGACAAAAUACAAACAGAGCUUUCUAAGGUGGCGUCGUGUCAACGUUUACAGCAAAUUUCCAUGGAAAUACUUCUGAGGUCCCUGAGCUCUAGUCAGCUGGAAGGGCUUGAUCUUAAAGCUCUCCUUGCCAAGCUAAAGGUUGCUGAUGUGCACUGCACUACUGCUGAGGAGAAGGCAGAGUUCAGCAAACUCAAGACAGAGCUGGAAAAAGCACAAGUAUCGAGAGAAAAGGAGGAGCGACUCAUGAAGGACAUUGACAGCUAUAAGGAGAACAUCAAACAAAUCAAGGUAAACGUAGAUACGCUGAAAGCAGAAAUAUCUGCUCUGGAAUCCCAGCUGUCCGGUAAAGAGGAGACACCACAGUCAACUAAACCACGGCGAAAAGGCCACAGAGGCACCAAACCCUCUACUGCCCCUAAAUCCCCUAAACCCCCUUCAAACCCCAAACCUUCCGCCUCUUCUCCUGCUCCAAAAACCUCCAAACCUUCUCCUGCUGAUCCAAAAACCUCCAAACCUUCUCCUGCUGAUCCAAAAACCUCCAAAGCUCCUCCUGCUCCAAAAACCUCCAAAGCUCCUGCUGAUCCAAAAACCUCAAAACCUUCUCCUGCUCCAAAAACCUCCAAACCUUCUCCUGCUCCAAAAGCCUCCAAACCUACUGCCACCCUGAGAGCCCAGACUGCGUCCAAACCUCCUGCCUCACCUCCUGCGCUAAAAACCUCCAAAGCUCCUGCUCCAAAACCCUCCAAACCUACUUCUGCUCCUCUUGCACCAAAACCCUCAAAACCUCCUGCCACCCCAAAAGCCCAGACUGCCUCCAAACCUACCACUGCCCCAGAAGCCCCGGAGGGUGAUGUCAGAGGCCUCCGCCGCUCGAAAAGAAUCGCUGGUAAGAAAAAGUAGUGAAGAAUCUACUCAGAAAUGCUCCUGAUCAGUUCAUUCCUCCAGCUCAGGAAGUUGUCUUCAUAUGUUCUUACUCCCAUUCAGGACAGACCUCUUUUUGAAAACGUUUUAAUUUGCAAUGGUGUAAUUUACAGUAGGCUUUUAGAUUUGGAGUAGUUUGGUGCCCUCUAGUGGAUAUGUUGAGUUUAGCAUUUAGGGACACUCAAUGGUGGAAAUCAGAUGUAAUUCUGUCUAAUGGUAUAACCACACAUUAAUGUAGUUUUUUCGAUACUCCACAUGUUAAGAGUGUUUUUUUUUUCUUUGGAGAUGAAUAAACAUUUGUUUUCA